AUGGCUCACAUCUACUGUACGUACUGCGGCAAAGGGUUCAGCCGCAAGGAGCAUCUGGAGAGACAUAUCCCAAGCCACACCAACGUCAAGCCGCACCGGUGCAUGUCCUGCCAACUCUCCUUUGCGCGAAGGGACCUUCUCCAAAGACACCAUUCGACAUACCACGAGGCCAGAGACCCCAUGGAGCCUCACCCUGGCGGUGUGCCUACGGUUGCUGGCCGGACACCUAUUGCUUGCCAGAAUUGCGCCAACGCAAAGACGGGAUGUGACAAGAGAGUGCCCUGCUCGCGAUGUGCGGAUAAGAACAUCCCCUGCGCUGCCCGCUUCGCUCGACGGUCGUCCAAGGCCGCCGUGAGGGCCGCACAGGCGAGUGUUGUCUUCGGCAACCAGAUGGGACAGGGCUCUCAGCAAGCCUCACAGUCCCAGACGGUAAACCCGUCACUUAUGGAAGUCGAACAGAGCGGGCUCAAGCAGGACCCGUCCGUCGGCACGCCGUCAGGCAUGGACGGGCUCACUGUUAUGGACCCGCGCCUCCACGAGGGCUCAUCCAAAAAGAACCCGCUUGCCCACCCGCACAUUGGACCAGAGGAGUUCCCCUCACCGCAUUCGAGAGUAGAUGGCGGUUUGGAUGACUUCAUGCCGGUCGGAAACAACUUCGUUGCCGCCGAUGGAGGAUACCAAGAAAUGUUCUACUUGCCCGAGUACAGCCUCGAUCUCGACAUGUACUCGGGAUCCCUGCCACUCACGACACGGGCAGACAUGGCGAUGCCCACUUUCGCCGACCUGAGCGACACGCCGGCAAGCUCCGAGCCCAUGGCCUCGAGCUCAUCGAGGGGUUCAGUGCACACCCGCGGUACUAGUAUCAUGUCGGUGGGUGAUUUCGACAACCACUUGAAGGGAAUUGACGCCUGUAUUCCAGGCGUGCCGAGCGAUUUCCAGGUCGUCAUAGCUGCCGAGGCGGCUUGGCCGCUGGCGCGAUGUAAUCCGCCCAUCUACUCGGGUGCCUGCCCGCGAACAGCCAUAGUGCAUCUCGAAUGCCUAGAGCGCAAUUCGAAGCAGGAGGGCACGUGGAGCUCGCUUGAGAAAUAUCUCGAGCAGGUUGACUGGGAUGCCUCGGACCUGGCCUCUGUCGUGCCACUUACAUCGUCAACACGAGACAAAAUGCUGGCCAUCACCCAGAGCUUCCUGCACAAGGCUCUCGAAAUUCACCGUGGUAGCUUCAAUGGAGGCCCCAAGGCAGGCUAUGCCAGCCCUGGAGAUUUCAAUUUCAUUGUCCUGCCUCCUCCUAAGAUUGUCGAGUAUUUUCUCCGCAGCUACGUCCGGAGCCUUUCAGUCUACUACCCGCUGGUGGCUGCCGGCUGCGUUGACCCUAAUGAGAUGCUCCAAAACAACCAAGCGUCGACCCUCCUGGUCCUUCUUAUGAUUGCGCAAGGCGCUGCUGCGAUCCCUAUGGACGAGGCUCGGUACCUAGCCGCAGGGCUGACCGAGACCUGCCGCAUCUCGCUCUUCGACAUCAUCGAGAAGGACGUCGAACUCUCAGCAGACCCUGUCGCCCUGCGGUGCGCACUCCUCUUCACCGUUCUGGGCGCAUGGAGCGGCGAUAAGUGGCUCAUGGAUAUCGCUAUGGGCCAGCGCGGCAUGUACUUGACAAUGUUGAAGAAUGCUGGAAUGAUGGAGGCGCAGCUACCGAUAAUACCCAAUGUGGACAACCCGGCGAGCAUAGAACUCCACUGGCGCGCCUGGCUGCAACGAGAAGCCCAGAACAGGCUCGUGUACAACUGGGUGAUGCUUGACCAGGAGCUCAGCCUCUUCUACGACACAGCACCACUAUUAUCUAUUACCGAACUACAGUGCCCACUCCCGGGCCAUGAGCUCUUUUGGAUGGCCUCAGACUCGGACCAGUGGUUUUCAGCCAUCCAGUCCACGUAUGGCUUCACACCAAACGUCAGCCCCCAGCUGCUGAGCGAGCUCGUGACGCCGUCACUAGAAGACCUCUUCCAGGACUUCAUCCAGGACAAUCCCUCUAGGCGGCCAAACGUCCUGUCACCGCAACAGUUGCGGCUACUUUUGCACCCACUGCAGUCAAUGAUCUUCCACCUCCGCCAGUUGGUAUCGUGCUUCCCAGACGAAAAGCCUCCCCAGCGACGCGCUCCUGCGGGGAUAGUGACCAAGUCUGCGACCCUUACUAGGCUGGAGGAAGUGCAUGGCCUGCUACAGAAGUGGUACGAGCUGACGAUAAGCCACCAAAAAGCCACCCCAGACUGCCCCGUGACGUGCUGCAACCUGGUGCUGUAUCACCUCGUGUCACUCAACGCCGUGACCAGCUUCCCCGAGAUCGAGCGUCUCGCCCGCCGGGACGGCUCCUUCUGGGAGCUGGCGGUGCGCCACAAGCGCUGCUUUUUCCAGCGCGAGGAGGCCAUCCUGCACUGCGGUCAGGUCUUCAAGCUGCUGCGCCUCAUGCCCGCCGACCGACGCCCCAACUGGUGGGCCGCCGCCGUGUACCGCGCAACCCUCACCCUCUGGGCAGACAGCAUGUCGCACAUGGACCCCAACUUCCAGGCGGAGAAGGGCGUCGCCGUCGGCAGCGUCAGCGUCAGCGGCAACGGCGCCGGCGGCCCGGCCAACAACACGGUCGCGGUCGACCAGGCGACGCCCGAGGACCCGGCCGUGGCGGCGUUUGUGUGGAAUAGAGACGGGGUGGCGGUGCUGACGCGGCCCGACCGGACGACCAUGAGGCUCGACAAGCCGGCCGAGGUGCUCGACUACGGCAUCAGGGCCCUCGACGAGGCCGUGCGGUCGCGCAUCGUCGACGGCAUCCGCAGGAAGCUGACCACGCUGGGGAACAACUGGAGCAUCGAGCACGGUCUCAGCAGCGGUGCCGCGUGAUGGUCGAAAGAGAAGAAGAUAAUGAAAACGGAGAGGUGAUAAGCGUUGCUUUGCUUGGUGGAUGAACAAGACGUGCUCCUGAAAGUUCUGCCCCUUCCCAGCAUGCAUACAUACAUACACAUACACGCAAACCCUCGCCCCCUCUUGUCCCGCUGCGCUGGAGAUUGUUCCGCGUCAGAAAUGGGGAGGUUUACAAGAACGUUGCUCGCAGCUUCUAAUACCCUCUCUUUAUUCUUACUGUUCUUGGUCUUUUCCUUCCUCCCACGCAAUCGAUAUUUC